UGGUACGAAUAAAAGGAAAAUAUCGUCGUUCCGUUUCUCAGUUCCGUUGCAUAAGUUUGUCUCGCACAAGCAGACUGUUACAUUUUUUUGCACCGUACAACCUUCUCUCACGAUCUCCAGCUCUGUGGCACAUCCUCUCGUCGUCUUCGUCUUGUUCUCGCUCAGAUGCACGCUUUUCUUGAAGCAGAAAGUGUUUGCGUUCGGCGGACACAACAGCGUACUAUUGUGGUCUUUCGGUGUGGGGCGCAAAACUGAACACAAUUCGUUAUCCGGACUGCAUUGGUGACAUAUCAGGGAACGCGAUUGUUUAAGGUCCGGAUGUACAGUCAAAAUUGCCGCACAGGCCGUCGUCAAUAUCAGCAACAAUUUAAGGAUGUUAAUGGUUGGUUUCGUGAUUCGGUCAUGACCAUCACAAUAUCGUAGACAUUUGAGGUUAGGUACAUGUUAUGUGACGUUUGAAGUUCGUUGUCGUUCGAAAGAAAGCAUGUCGAAGGCCGCUGCGCGAUUGAAGAAUUUAAAAAAGACCGUCGAGAAAAUACAGCAUGGUAAAAUCAAAACGAACAUUCCUGCCGGCUUGGCAGCUGCCGGACCGCCGUUGGGGCCCAUGCUCGGACAAAGAGGCAUAAACAUCGCUGCGUUCUGCAAAGACUUCAACGAACGAACGAAAGACAUAAAAGAGGGCAUACCUCUGCCCUGCAAGAUCUCCGUUAAUCCGGACAGAAGCUACGACCUGUCGAUCAACAAACCGCCUGUCGUUUAUUUCCUGAAACAAGCCGCGGGAAUACAACGGGCCGCGAUGAACCCGGGCAAAGAAACGGCAGGUAAAGUCACACUGAAACACGUUUACGAAAUAGCAAAAAUAAAAGGUCAAGAUCCCACGUUGGAGACGAAAAGUUUAGAAGAAAUGUGCUUCAUGAUUUGCGGAGUCGCAAAAUCGUGCGGCAUCGAAGUGGUCAAAGAAUUAAACGCCGACGAUUAUAGACAGUUUUUGGAGGAAAGAAAGCUGAUUGUGGAGGAACAGAAAAAGGAACUGCAACAAAUCAAAGAAGCAAAACUGUUACGUACCGGUUGAAUUUUGUGUACAAAUUAGUUUUAGUUAAAUUAAUAAAUUGUAGAUUGAA